CACACACCAGUCAUCGGACCUGUCAAUCACAGCGGCGGCGCCCUUUGAUGUCGGGGCUGGCGGCGUUGUUGUGUGUUGCGCCUUUCUGAAGACGUCAUCUUCAUCUUCAUCUUCACCAUCUUCAUCCACUUUUGUCGUCUUCCGGGACGAGAGCGGACAUUAGCGGACAUCAUUUGUUGCCGCGUACUUUCUUCAGUUUCGAUGCUCUGCUUUGUGUCGGCGGAAAGUUGAAGGUAAAAAGUUUGCGAGCGAGUGAGUGAGUGAGUGAGUGAGUGAGCGAGUGAGUGGCCAUGCCGCAACAUGGAGGAGACGACCUGGGCGCCACGGACGAGAUGAUAGCCUUUAAAGACGAAGGUGACCAGGAGGAGAAGAUCCAGCAAAGUUCCUUCACCGAAAGAGACUUGGCCGACCUCAAGUCUUCUCUGGUCAACGAGUCGGAAACUCACCAGAACCAGAACCGUGGUGGCGCUGCUGCUAGCUCCUCGGCUGUACGGCAAAGACAACAAGCUGAGCACAGAAACUUCCCCAACAAACAUCUCGACCACGUAUCAAAGCAGCAAGAUGGCGCCGUGUACAAGACGUCGGGUUAUCCCGGUUACCCCUUCCUGAUGCUGCCCGACGCCUACCUACCCAACGGCUCAAUUUCGCCAUCGGUAAGUCCUCUUUAGCGCCGCCCUAGUGGCUCCCAGGAGC